UCGUACUAGUGGGUAACCACCGUAACCUCCCAUGAACACAAUCAUUGUUCCCAUUUUGUUGUUCGUAGUUCGUACUUCAUUGCUGUUAAGUUACUUGUGGAACUCUCACAUUUCAUGUAACUGGAUCCUCAAAAUGUCGCUGGAGGAUCUAGGACAGCAGGCGUAUCAGAGGGCGGAAGUUUUUGGAGACCAUAAGGGAGCGGUAGAAAUAUUAAAUAAAGCUAUAGGGAAAUACCCAGACGAUGAAAGACUUUACAACAAUCGAUCAUGCGGCUAUUUGAAAUUGGGGCUAUUUGAGCAGGCCUUGGCAGAUGCUACAUAUAUGGUAAGGAAGUUCCCAAAUAACGUCAAGUCGCACUUCCGCAGAGGAGAGGCACUACUCUCCAUGAAAAAACCAAUGGAAGCUGAGAAAUGCUUCCAAGAAGCACGAAGAUUGGACCCCAAGAACGAAGAGAUACUUCAGAAGUUAAGGGAUGUCCAAACAGACCGAUUGAAGUGUUUCAACGGUAAACAGUGGCACAUUUGGCACGUUCAUAAGGCCAUCGCAUUGGCCGAGUUUGAUAUGAAGAUCGCUGCUCACCUUUUAGAAAACGGAGCAGUUGAAUCUGAAGCCGAUUUUGAGAUAUAUUAUUCGGAUGAAGAGGAAGAAGUGCCAAGCAAACCACCUACUAGAUACGUGACCCGACCCAACGAUCCUCUAUCCGAUCCAAGAAACAUCUACAACUCUCCCUCGGUGUGGAUCGGAAACGUAACAACGAAGUACACAGAAGCACACCUCCGUAAAGUUUUUUCAGAGUAUGGAAAAAUUAAGUCACUUUUCUUGCAACAUAAAAACUUUUGCUGUUUCGUGAACUACUUUGAGCCUGCAAUGGCUACUAAAGCUAUGAAAGCUUUCCAGUCUGAAAAAUGUCCUGAUAAAAACCUAAUUGUAAAGUUCCCAGAUAGUGCUAAAAAACAAGCGUCACUAAAACCAGACGAUGACAGCUUCAUUAAAACACCUGCUAGUGACAUGAAAUCAUCAACCGGUGCCAUUAAAAAGAAUUCCAAUCAAAGCUUGGUGACAACUGUUCCUGCAACUGCUUCUGGCAUGAAACCAGCAACCGGUGCAAUCAAAAAGAAUUCCAAUCAAAGCUUGGUGACAACUGUUCCUGCAACUGCUUCUGGCAUGAAACCAGCAUCCGGUGCAAUCAAAAUGAAUUCCAAUCAAAGCUUGGUGAGAACUGUUCCUGCACCUUCCACUGACAUGAAACCAUCAACCGGUGCAAUUAAAAAGAAUUCCAAUCAAAGCUUGGUGAGAACAGUUCCUGCAACUGCUACUGACAUGAAACCAGCAACCGGUGCAGUUAAAAAGAAUUCCAAUCAAAACUUGGUGAGAAAUGUUUCUGCAACUGCUACUGGCAUGAAACCAGCAACCGGUGCAAUUAAAAAGAACUCCAAUCAAGGAUUGGUGAGAACUCUUCCUGCUGGUACAACUAACACUCAAAGCUAUGUACAAAUUCUUGAAAACAAGCAUUUUGAAACAUUCCAUUCUUAGGUUUUGUUUUUAUGCUAUUUUCUUUGAUCAUGACAAAACAAAACGAACUAUGUAUAUUCCUAUAUUGUGAUUUAUGUCCAUUUACACACUUUUGUACGUUAAUUUACAGUAUAUUUCAACACUCUACAAUUUCAUUUCUAAUAUGAUAUGUCAAUUUGAUUUUUUGCGCCCAAAGCCCUUUUCAAAACCUUUGAAUAAUACUUUUGUUCUAAAAAUGUAUGUAUUCAGGGCUACUUACUUUUAUUUACUAUUAUUAUUAUUUUUAGCAUAUUUUAUUUAUAAAAUAACAUUAUAGUAUCCUUUUUUGAAAGGUUUUUAAUAUAAAAUAACAAAUUAAAACAUCUAGUUUCAAUGUUUCACAUCAUCUUCAGGUUUUUAAAAAUGACCGUUUUACUAACAGUUUUGUUAUUUUAAAUAUUUAAAAUAAACGUUUAUUUUGAACAUGUCUUAAUCACGUUAUUUUAAAUAUUAUAUUAAAACGUUUAUUUGAAAUUUAUUUUUAAAACCGGAAGAUGAUGUGAAACAUAGAAACUAGUUGUUUUAAUUUGUUAUUUUAUAUUAAAAACUUUUCAAAAAAAGGGGUAUUAUAAUGCUAUUUUAUAAAACUUUUGUUCUAAUUUCUUGAUUUUAAAAUCAAUAUUCAAACUUCUACAUGUAUUGAAUUAUUUGUCUCGAAUUUGCUGUGUAAAGCGUUUUGAUCUUAAAGUUACUUUUCCUAUAUGUGGUAGAAUUUUGAUAUUCCAUUUCUUGCAUUCGUUUUAUCAUUAAAGCUACCAGUAGCUCCAGUAUCGCUUAGUGCUUAAGUGUUAGCUCCGUUAAUUGUAAUUGUGUGUAAAUUGUACUGUAAAUGUUUGUGAAUACGUGUAUUUAUAGGAAGUCCACAUGUCAUUAUGCCAUCUACUAUUCCAAUUUGGAUUUUGAAUGUUGUAGUUCUGAUCAAUGCGAACAGAACUGGUUAUUGAUCACUUGCGUACUUCUAUAACUUAUUUUAAUAUCAAUAUAAUAUUGAUAUCAGUUCAAUAUGAUGAUAUAUCAAUUUCAACGCUCUUUUCAGAACCUUAACAUUUGAUUUCUGUUGUAAUUUCUUAAUUUUUAUAUCAACAUUCAAUCAAACUACUUUUUAUGAAUUGAAUUGCCAUUUGAAAUUAGACAUCUUCUUAGUUGGAAGUACAUAUCUAAGAAAAUAUAUAUAUAUUGUGUAGGAUUAUACAUUUAAUUUCCUAAAUUUGGCUUCUAUGGAUGUAUCGAAAAAAUUCACAAGAGAACUCACACUUUUUCAGGUCUUCCAAUAAUAAUUAUAAACACUGAUAGGCUGCUGUUUCUAAAUAUUAUUAUGUGGACUUUUUCGUGUAUUUACUUUUUAUUAAUUAUUUUCAAACUUUUGUGUUUGAUAAACGAACAAGUAACAAAUAACAAGUAACGAAUAACUAAUAUAAAUUAUUGAAGUUUUGAUAUUUUUUUACAUCUUUUGUGUAAUUUUUACAAGAAUAACAAACCUAAAUCAUUCUCAUACGAUAUUCACUCCAACAAAUUUAUAUAAAUAGUUGAUUUAUAAAUAGUGAAUAAAAUAAUGCGUAUUCAAUUGCUACUCAUAUAAAAAACAUCACCUGGAUCCGCGCCAUUUAUGUGAAUUUUAUUCCCAUGUAAUAUGUUGUUGAACUUUGUUUGAAUUUUUCUUUUCCAUGUUCCCUUGUAAUAAAAUCAUUUCUGUUUCUGGUUUGAUAA